AUGAAAUCCACACUCCUCACCCCGGCGCUAGCCACCCUCGCCACCCUCCUCCCCCUCGUCCAAGCAUCAGCCCAAUCCGUCACCGUCCGCCUCUACGAGAACCUGAACUGCGCCGGCACCACCCACGAGGAGACCAUCACCUUCGACUCCGGCAGCGGCACGGCGGUCGCGCAGUUCGACUUCGCCUACAGGAGCGCCCGCAUCCUGAGCGGCCACUCCGCCUGCGGCGUGUACAUGUGCCAGUACGGGUCCAGCUGCCACAACGACGCGGUCUUUGAGAUGGGGUGGACGCCCAACUGCUACAUGGCCGGAGAUGCGUACGCGUUCGAUAAGGUGAUGGUUGAUACUUGCUGA